AGCUGCCCCGCCAUCGAUGACAAGUGACGACAACCCGGAAGUCUUUGAACCAACAACGCCCCUUGUCAGACACCUCCUGUCCACCACCUAGCGCUCCCGGCUGAAGAUGGCCAUGGACAAGCAGCAAGACCCGCUGCUACGACGGCCCCUCUAUCUCUACGAUCUUCCGCCGGAAAUCCUCAAUUCGCUCGUGCCGAAGCCAGACGCGGGGUUACCAGUUCAGGCUGAGGAAGCAUCAACCGAUUCCGCUCCCUCUCGCGACCGCAGUCCAGGCCCCGCCGGUUCAGAAAGCUCCCUCGGGUCGCAGGCCUGCUCCCUUUGUGGCUUGUCAUUCGUCACCGUCCAGGAGCAGAAGGGGCAUCUCAAGACCGACCUCCAUUACUACAACCUCAAGCAGAAGCUGAACGGGCUCAGACCAGUAUCCGAGGCCGAGUUUGAGAAGCUCGUCGCCGAGAACGAUGUGAGCAUAUCAGGGUCGGACGCAUCUGACAGCGAAGACGAGGAGGACGAGGCAUCCCGCAGGGACACCACGCUUUCAGCUCUGCUAAAGAAGCAGGCUUCACUAGCCGAAAAGCGCACCACCGGCGACGGCGACGAAGAUGAUGAGCCGACAAAGAAGAAGAGGAAGAGAGGGAUGGGGCAACCCCCACUGCUGUGGUUCGACUCUCCAAGGUUGCCGGACAACACGUAUUUCGGGAUCUACAGGGCCAUGUUCACGGCAGAAGAGCUCGACAAGGAAGAUGCCAUCGUCGAGGCCAUCAAGCAGAGACAACUGCCGCCAAUAUCCAUGCCCAAGACAGCCAAGGACGGGAAUGCGGUUCCGCCAGCUUACAAUGGCAAGCACAUCUUCCUGUGCAUGAUCGGAGGUGGCCAUUUUGCUGCCAUGGUUGUAUGCCUGGCUCCGAAACAGAGCAAGCACGGCUCUGUUGGGCCACUCAACAGAGAGGCUGUCGUGUUGGCGCACAAGACGUUCCACCGGUACACCACACGGCGGAAGCAAGGCGGCUCGCAGUCUGCCAACGACAACGCCAAGGGCGCAGCGCAUUCAGCCGGGUCCUCGCUCCGUCGGUAUAACGAGCAGGCUCUGGUCGAAGACGUUCGCGGCCUCCUCAAGGACUGGAAAACUCUGAUUGAUACAUCGGAUCUGCUCUUCAUACGAGCAACGGGGGCAACAAACAGGCGGACGUUGUUCGGGCCAUACGACGACCAGGUGAUCCGGGCCAACGACCCUCGUAUUAGGGGCUUUCCCUUCAGCACUCGCAGAGCGACACAGAACGAACUUAUGCGGUCCUUUAUCGAACUCACCCGCCUGAAGGUGAAGGAAAUUCACCCGGAAGCCGCUUCUGCUGCCACGGAUGAAGGAGGCAAGGCGCCGAAGCCCAAGUCUGAGCCCAAACCUUCCGCACCGCGACUUACCGAGGAGGAAGAAACCGCGAUUAUGCACACAAACCAGAUACAAAGCAUGAUCCGCCGCUCCAAGCUGCCCGCCCUGCUCUCCUACCUCACCACCAACAGCCUCCCCGCCGACUUCGUCUUCCAGCCGGCCGACUCGCAACCGAACCACCACGCCCCUACCGCCCUGCACCUCGCCGCCGCUCAAAACUCGGCCGCGCUCGUCACGGGCCUCCUCACCCGCGCCAAAGCCGACCCGACAAUCCCCAGCCCGGAAGGCAAGACGCCGUUCGACUUGGCCGGCACCCGCGCAACACGCGACGCAUUCCGCGUCGCGCGCGCCGAACUGGGCGAGAGCGCCUGGGACUGGGAUGCCGCGCGGGUGCCUGGGCCGCUGACGCGGGAGGAGGCCGAAAGGAGGACCGAGAGGGAGAGGAGAGAGGAGCAGGAGAAGGAGGAUCAGAGGCGGAAGGCGGAGGAGGAGCGCUUAAGAGUUGAAGGGCUCAGGGUGAAUGAUAAUAAUAGUAAUAAAUCUGGUGGGAGGAAGGGAGGAGUGCUGGGCUCAGGCCUUGCGCCCAGGACGGCGGAGGAGAGGAGGCUAGAGGAGACGAGGGGUUUGACGCCCGAGCAGAGGAUGAGGUUGGAGCGGGAACGGAGAGCGAGAGCGGCGGAGGAGAGGAUUAGGCGGAUGCAGGGCGGUGGUUGAUACCCGAUGCCUAGUGUGCUGCUUCUAAGCCCUACAGAGGGUUGAGGGUUAUUCUACAUAGUGUCGAGUUCCAAGGGCAACGUAGAUUCUGACGGCAACUCAUCCCACGAUGACACACCGUCGUUGUCGCUCACAUUCUGGGAGAUCCCGUCGGCGGGAAAGCUACUGUGACACAGAACCAUUGAACCGCUGCGAUGUCCAUCCUUCUGUCUUCUGGCCCGCAGCAUGCACGAUCCGAAGGACCUGGUCGCUUCAAGCUCCCCCUUCCCUCAACGCACGCUUGUGUGACCCAGGGCCGAAGGGAUGACAC